AGAAAAAUGGACGACGUGAGUGUCUGUGCUCCGCUGCUUGCGGAGUCAGACACUCGAAAUAACACCAGUAAUGCCCCUAAUGCGGCUUCUGUGAUAGAUGCUGACAAAGUAAUAAACACUAAAAUAGAUAAUUCCCAGGGUGAAGGAGACACGGAUGAAGAGGAGCGACUUCGAUGCCUCCUCGCUGACACUUACUGCCAUGUGUGUGACGCUGUGCUCAAGUUUGAAUCUCAGCGAUUGUCCCACUAUGAGGGAAAGAGACAUGCUCAGAAGGUCAAGGUUUACCUGCAGACCAAGAGAGCAGAGAAGACCAAAACAGUGUCUGCAGGAGCCCAGAGCACCAUGACCACGGAUAAAACCCGUUUCUGUGAGCUGUGUAAUAUGGUGUUUACUUCCUCCAUGGUGUCAAAAUCACACUACGAAGGCAAAGUCCAUGCAAAGAAUCUGCGUAAACAAGGUUUCCAAUCUCCGGUCAUUAUCAGGAACUCUGAGGUGUCUACUUUACCAAGGCCUACUCAGGACCCUGAUCAAGCUCUCCAGAGUUCAGCAGCAGAGGGGGUUGUGCAGCAUCAUGUGGACCUUGGAGCCACCACAACCGCCUCCAGCACAGAGGUUGAUCUGAAGGACCCCAAUAAGUACUGUGCUCUGUGCACUGCCUCCUUCAACAAUCCUCAAAUGGCUCUGCAGCACUACAACGGACGCAAACACCAGAGGAACCAGAGCAGACAGGAGCUGAUGAGACGUCUGGGAGACGAUGUCCAACAAGCCGACCACCUCAUGUGUCAGAUGUGUAGUUUGGAGUUCAACUCUGUGGAAAUGUACCAGGCGCACGUUCAGGGAAGCAAGCAUCAGAUAAGAAAGAAGAAGGUCAUUGACCUGUGCAAAUCCCAACAGAAGGUCUACGGCACAUUUGCAGAUGAACUGGCAGACUAUGUCCAGGUUCAGAAAGCUCGUGGAAUUACUCCCAAGACCACCCAGGUCCUCCCUCAGGGUGACACUCUCAACAGGGAGGAAGAGGAGGAGGAGGAGGAGGAAGAGGAAGAGGGGUUACACCAUUUAUUAAAUACUAAGAGGCAUAUCACAGAACUGAACAACCCUAUACCCAUCUUUACUCCCACCCCUGACCCUCUCCAUCUCUCUGGCCCUGGUUGUUACUACCCCGCUAAAGGAUGGCAUCCUUCAUAUCAUCCUCACAACUGGGAUUACGGCUGCUCUCCACCAGGCCUCCCUGGACCUGGCUCACCUCAGUUCACCAGUCGGCCCAUGAGAGGAAGGAAGCGCAGAAGGCAGUCGAGCUCCUCCUCCUCCUCCUCGUAUACUACCUCAUCAUCAUCAUCACACUCCCCCUGUUCCUCUUCCAGCAGUAGCAUAAGUGAGAGGGAUGACAGUGAAUACAAGCGGAGAGAACGUAGGAGGAUCAGGAGAUCCAAGAAGGAGCGAGGCAGGAGGACGAGAGAUAAAGAUUCAGACGAAGAGGAGAAGACGAGGAGCAAAAAGCAGAGGAAAGACCAAGAAGACGACAAGAGAGCUAUGGCAAGACGAGGGGAAUCUGUAGAGUCGGAGCAGGGGCGGAGGAGAAGACGGCAAAAGGAACACGGCAAGAGGCGCAAAGACAAAAAAUCCCGGGAAGUUGAAUUUGAGGAGGAGGGAGGGGAUAAAGGUGUGCACAAUCCAAUGCCUGAAGACAGUGUGGACAGUAGAAAAUACAAUGACGUGCAUAUUCAGACUGAAAUGAACGUUGAGCAGCGGGAGGACGGGCAGGACGAGAACACUAAAGCCAAAUACAGGAAAGAGAAGAAGAAAGUGAAAGAGAAAGCAGACACAAGGACUGAGGAGGAGAAGCUGUGGGACGACUCCAUACUGGGCUGUUAGCACCAGUGUGCUUCCUCUGAACUGUCUUCUAUCAAAUCAUUCAAAUACGUUUGAUAACCGUAAACAAAGCAGUGUUGAACAUCUGCUACAAACUAUCAAUGAAGCUGAUUCUUAUUUGUUGUGUUUGGGUGGGAUUAUGUCAUAUAUUUAAGCACAAUUAUAAUAGCUUUAUUUUUUCACAUUGACACUUAUCAUGUUAAUAUUAAUAAUUAUCAUA